AUGGUUGGCAAAAGGAACAACAUUCUGGCCAACGCCCACUUCCAUAAGGACUGGAAGCGAAGAGUCCGAACCUGGUUCAACCAGCCCGCUCGAAAGGAGCGACGACAAAAUGCCCGAAAGGACAAGGCCGCCGCUAUUGCCCCACGACCGUCCGGAGGCGCUCUUCGACCAAUUGUCCGAUGCCAGACUGCUCGAUACAACAUCCGAGUCCGAGCUGGACGAGGUUUCACCCAAGACGAACUCAAGGGAGCCGGAUUCACCGUCCGAGAAGCCCGACAGCUUGGCAUCGCCAUUGACUCUCGACGACGAAACAAGUCCGUCGAAGGUCUUCAGGCCAACGUUGCUCGACUGAAGGAGUACCGAUCCAAGCUCAUCGUUUUCCCACGAAAGGCUGGUAAGGCCGGCAAGGGCGACUCCUCUGCCGAAGAACUCGCCACCGCCACUCAGGUUCCUCAGCUCCCAAUCCGACAGGACCACGUCUUCACCGCCCAGGAACCCGCCCGAGCUAUCACCGCCGAGGAGAAGAAGCACUCCGUUUUCCAGGCUCUCCGAAUGGCCCGUGCCAACGCCAAGCUCCAGGGUGCCCGAGUCAAGAAGGCCGCGGACGCCGCCGAAGCUGCCAAGAACGCUGCCCCAAGAAAGAAGUAA